CCAGACCCUAGUAGAAUAAUAUCCAUUUAGGGUCGUCAAGCGAUUUUGUAAUACAUAGUAGUCUUUUUGAUAUCGUCUUUCCCGUACCUGUGUGGUACUAUACUGUAUGUCAUCAGGGUGAGUGUGCAUAGUGGAACGCACACAAUGUCGUACAGGAACUUGCAGGCUUGCCGGAAACUGCAAUGCUCUCGUGCAUAGAGAGGAUACAACAGAAGAACGUUGGAUCGCAGAGGGAGUUGUAGAAGAUCAACAAGGACGACUCGGUAACUAAUCAACCUAACAUCAAUUGUUGAUAGUAGCAACUAGCAACAGUGAAGAAUGUCGACUAAAGAACGGGGCCUGGUUUAUCUCGUCACCGGGGGCUGUGGGUUCCUCGGACAACACCUGUUACAGGUCCUUUUGGAGAAAGAGGAUGCGGUAACAGAAAUUCGGCUUUUUGACAAACACAUCGACUCAAGUUUAAAUGGCCACAGCACAGAGCGGGUAAAGGUGGUGGUGACGCAGGGGGACAUCACAGAUUACUCCAGUGUCCUGGAGGUGUCCAAGGGGGCAGACCUGGUCAUCCACACGGCCAGCCUGGUGGAUGUCUGGCACAGAGUCCCUGAGACAGUCAUCCAGGCUGUGAAUGUUCAAGGAACUGUGAAUGUGAUCAAUGCAUGUGUGGAGAAUGGUAUUCAGUAUCUGGUCUACACCAGCAGCAUGGAGGUGGUCGGCCCCAAUGUGAAAGGAGACCCCUUUAUCAGAGGUGAUGAAGACACCAUCUACAAUGUUUAUCACGAUAUGCCCUACCCCAGGAGCAAGGCCAAGGCAGAGGAACUGGUGCUGGAGGCCAACGGCAAUAAGGUGAAUGAAGGGGCCUGCUUGUACACAUGCUCCCUCCGUCCCACAGGGAUCUAUGGUGAGCAGCACCAGCUGAUGAGGGACUUCUAUCAGAUGGGUGUGAGGACAGGGGGCUGGAUCAUUCGAGGCGUCCCAAAGGACACGGAACAUGGUCGUGUCUAUGCAGGUAACGUGGCUUGGAUGCAUCUGCUGGCUGCUCGCUCCCUGAGAGAGCACCCCCAAAGGCUUGGAGGGGAAGUUUACUUCUGCUAUGACGACUCACCCUACAAGAGUUAUGAGGAUUUCAACAUGCAGUUCCUGUCUGGGUUCAACUUCCGCCAGGUCCGUGUGCCGCUAUUGGUGCUGUGGUUGGUGGCGUGCCUGAAUGACCUGCUCCGCUGGGUGCUGAAGCCUGUGUGCAGCUACACACCAUUACUCAACCGCUACACACUCGCUGUGGCCAGCACCUCCUUCACAGUGGGUUCAGACAAGGCCCAGCGCCACUUCCAGUACCGCCCCCUCUAUGACUGGGACCAGUGCAAGGCCCGCACACAGAGAUGGGUGGACACCUUUCCCUUCGCAGGCCCCAAGGACUCCUGAUCUGGGCUGAUCUGCUGGUCUGGUGGAACCUUGUCUGGGCUAAACCGAUGCACCACACAUCAUAACCUGGGAUGGAUGGAGGAGUGAGAGGACUUUCUCAGAUUUAUAUUCUCACUAUGUUUGCUCCAUCAUAAGCAGUAUUAUCAUUACAUGUAUGCAUACGAACUCUUGACCCCUGAACUCUUUAACCCUGAACUAUGACCUCCUGCACGUGUUCUUCAAAAAUGGUUAUGUCCUCCUACCUGUCACUACUUGUGGCUAGCCUGUAGCUCCUCAGGCAAAAUGAUGACAAGGCAUGUUCCACACUGAAAUGGGUCACUUAUCCAUCCCAUGAUCUUCUGAUUCACAUGAGACCCUUCCCAGCCCUAAAUAAGAGAUAAUACAUUGGAGAUUCAAUAUAAAAAGUUUGGGGCUUUAUCGGACAUUGCAAUAUUCAUCUUCUUAAAAAAGGGGUAGAUAUAAUGUGAUUGUAGUCAUAAAAGGGCGUAGGUAUGUGAUCUAGGAAUGCUGCUCAUGAAUUGUUUUGAGUCUAUUUCCAACAAUACACAGUGCAAUACAUUGCUAUACAUAUUUUGCAAUACAUACAUGAAAAUGCAAUACAUUUUCCACAAGACAUCAUCACUACAUAGACUUGAUCUGUUUUUGUUGAAGAGCACUAGUGCAGAAGAUAAGUAUUUACAUCUUAAACAUGCAUUAAUGCACAAAGAAAAUAUUGUCUGAUUAUGUCCUAUGUGAUUUUAGAGUUUUAUGAAUCACCUGCUAUACAUUAAGGUGAUUUUAUCAUCUGAAUGCACUGCCAAUUUAAAAACAACAAUUAAAAAAUCAUUAAAGAUAACAUUUCCCAGUGCAGUCAGAUUUAAACUUCAGACAGAGAAACGGUUAAUUUUAUAUUUCAUGCCUAUUGAUUAUUAUUAUAAUUUUGAGAAGUAGCGUUACUUAAAGAGCAACUGAAAGCAAUAAAAAACUUAGGCCAUUUUCUACCAGAGAAUAGAAUAUAUGUCUCAAACCAACUACAUUAAUGAAAUGUAAGCAUUUCAUGAGACACCUAUAAAAGAUGUGUAACAUGAAACUAUUGUCCCAUUUACAAUGUGUAAUUUAUUAACGGUCCCUAACUAGCCCCAGAGAUAGGCUAUCUAAAGUCAAAACAAUUUUGACACUGUCGCACACCAGCCGGCAAAGAAGUUGGAUAACUUGCUAGCUAAUUUAGGCUUCUUCCAGACACAAGACCCUGUUAACUUGAAACAGUCUAUCUCAAAGGGUGUGUACUGUUUAGGCAGAGUGUAAGUACAAAUGCUUCCCACGUCGGAACAAACACAAGAGACACCCACAUCAAGGAGCACCUGCGAGACCCAAAACUCGUUUAGUUUAAUUUCCUAAUGAGGAGAAUUGAAACCAGGACUCAAUCAGGAAGUUCAGCCCCCUUUAAGAAAACAAUAGACAUACUUGGAACACAGAAUUGGUUGAAUGGUAUCAAACACAUGGUUUCCAUGUGUUUGAUCCAUGUGUUUGAUGCCAUUCCAUUAGCUCCAUUCCAGCCAUUAUUAUGAGCCGUUCUCCCCUCCUCAGCCCCUGUGACUUGGAAAGCAUACGCUUUCAGUUUUGAAUAUUGUAUUGAAUAUGUAUUAUGUAUUUAUUUGUUUAAUUCCAAAUACAACUAUUUUAAUUAAUUCAAAGUUUAUUUGUUUUUUAUAAGGUAAAUAUGAUACUAUCAAAGACACAAUGCAUGAUUUUUGCAGAAAACGGCCUAGGUCCACUAUGGUGACCUCGGAAACGGCAAAAUAAACUAAAUGGAGAAACAUAUGGAAUACAUGUUAACAACACAUUCAUUACACGUCCUUUACAUAGUCCCAGUCGGUAUUAGAUAGAACGUUGCGCCCCUGCCUGCCUGUGGGGAAAACAACUUGUGGUUACCUUUUUCAAACGUAAUUUUCUUGUUGUCUGCUUGUUUUAGUCAAUUACAAAACGAAUUACAAUUACAAAAAAGUACAACGUCUAAAGAUUACUUUUCAACAUUGCCUGUGAUGGGAGUCACCUUGGUCAUGAUAGGGGCUGCACCAAAUGAUUGAUGUAUUAUAAUAAUUGAUUAUGCUUAUGUUGUAUUAAUGGAAGGGCUAUAAGACACUCCCCCACUACAUUUAUAGGGUCCUGGACCACAGAUUAGCAAUAUAUAUAUGCAUUAUAAGGUUUAAUACUGUUCCACAGUUCUUUUCUAGUCUCUGCCUCUUAUAAGAAACGGUCUGAGCAGAUGUGUGAGCCAUUGCAGUCAAAACAGGGUGUCUGUGAGAAAGCGCCUCAAGGCUUAAAGACAUACAUAGACAGAGACCCCUGCAGGGGAGUAAAUAGAUAAGAGACAAGUCAGACAUACCACUGUAAGCCACACGGGAAUGGAAAAUGACUGCUGAGCCCUUAGAAAACACUGGAACUAUUGUUUUCUCCUGCAAGUUUGCAUAACUGUAUAUGCAUGGGCUUGGUCUCAUGAGUAGAAGGUGUUGACGUAGGCAGUUACACCACUAGGGGUUGACUGCAAGUAUAUUAAAGCAACUGAUCUUUUUUAUUUUGCAGAAUUUACUCUGAAACAUACGUGCUGUGUUUCCGUUGUCAACUUCUGUCUGCAUUUGCAUUAAUAAAGGUUUCAUUGAUUUACUUA